AUGAGUAGAAAAGAUCCUGCUUGGAAGUAUAGUGUUGAAAUAGAAGUGCCGGAAAAAGGUGGAAAAAAAGGAUACAAGUAUUUAAAGUGUAAUUUUUGUAGUAAAGAUAUUAAGGGAGGGGUGAAGAGAGUGAAAGAACAUCUUGCUUGUACACACAAAGAUGUAAAACCAUGUCCUAAAGUACCUAAAGAAGUCAAGGAGGAGAUAAGUCAAUAUUUGAAAGACUAUGAAACUACAAAAUUUAUUUCUCAACGAAAGUUUGAUGAGGCGGUGGAUUGUGGAUCCUACUUUGGUGAUGGACCUAGUGGUUUUGGUAGUGGCAAUCCUUUGGAGGGUGUGAAUUCUUGUCCUAGCAAUAGUUCUAGAGGUGUUAGAGGGCCUAUGGAUCGAUUUAUGGAGAAUAAAGGAGAUGAGGAAAAUGAAAAAAAUACCGCUGCCACAAAAAUGACUCCAACGAGUGCUAAAGAGCAUCGAAAUCAAGUAUGUUUAGAUAUUGGGAGAUUCUUUUUUGAGAAUGGGAUCCCAUUUAAUUGUGCAAGAAGCCCAUCAUAUUUCAAUAUGUUGCGUUCGGUUGGGAAUUAUGGUCGAGGAUUGAAAGCUCCAACAAUGCAUGAAAUGAGGACUUGGAUACUAAAAGAAGAAGAGAAGACAACAUCCGAAAUUGUGAAUGAGAUCAAAGCAACAUGGAAACGAACAGGGGUUUCAUUAUUAUCAGAUGGUUGGUCAGAUAUGAGAAAUAGGAGUCUGAUCAAUUUUCUAGUUAACAAUCCCUAUGGGACUGUUUUUUUGAAAACUAUUGAUGCAUCAGAUUGUGUAAAAGAUGCACAAAAAUUGUUUGAAUUGCUUGAUGAUGUUGUUGAAGAAAUUGGAGAAGAUAUUGUCAUUCAGGUGGUCACAGAUAAUGCAAGUGCAUACAAGGCCGCUGGAAGAUUAUUAAUGGAGAAGAGAAAAAGCUUGUAUUGGACUCCGUGUGCUGCUCAUUGUAUUGAUUUGAUGCUUGAGAAAAUUGGAGAAUUGCCACAACAUAAAAAUGCUUUGCUUAAAGCAAAGAGAGUUAGCAAUUUCAUCCAUAACCAUCAAUGGGUGUUGAGUUUAACAAGAAAAUUUGCAAAGAAAGAUCUUCUUCGACCAGCUGUCACACGAUUCGCCACUGCCUUUCUAACUUUAGAAAGUAUGCAUCAAUUGAAGCAACCACUACAAAUGAUGUUUGUUUCAAAAGAAUGGUCAAGUUGUGCAUGGGCAAAGAAACCUGAAGGGAAAGCUGUGAAGAAAAUCAUAAUGAAUGAUAAUACAUUUUGGCCUAGUGUGGUUUAUUCCAUAAAAACCACAAAGCCCCUUGUGAAUGUUUUAAGAAUAGUUGAUGGUGAGAAGACACCGGCAAUGGGAUUUAUUUAUGGUGCUAUGGAUGAGGCAAAAGAAAAGAUAGCAAAGAACUUAGAUGGAGACAUGGAGUCCCAAUGUUUCCGAGCAUCCAGAGAUUAA